AAUGCUCCGCUGUCAAACGUCAGAAAAGUUGUGAACAAGAGCACAACAAAACAGACUUGUAAAAAAUGGUGAAUGAAAAUAGUCAGAAAAAGGACGAAGUGAAGGAAAAAAUGGAUCUUUCUUAGGAGUAUCGCCGUUAGAUUAGUUGUAGCAUCGUAGUGUAAUUGGCUCUGGGGAGUAGAAUAAGCGUCGUCCACAUCAUUCCAUGCAAAUCGAGGUCAAGCACUUCGCACACACGACGGCGAGGUCACAGCGUUCCAGCGUUCCAACGGGAGAAGCUAAUUGGUGUCCGCGGUUAGCAUUAGCAGUAAAAUAAUUGAAAGCAGAUACAUCUACUCGCCCACCCGCUCCACGACGGCAACCGCGACACGACGGUGAGGAAAGUGAACAUGAGAGACCGCGGUGUCUCUGCAGCUGGUCCUCGCAACCGAAGACAAUGGGUGCUUUUGUUCUCGCUGACGUACGUCGUCGGAUUUGUGCUGCUAGCGUCCCUAACCACACCUAGCUCGGUGUCGGCGGUUUCAACGGCGGCCGGCUCGUUACGGCACGGCGAUGACGAGGAUGUGUCUGGGGACGAGGAGGAAGGGUACUGUGCGCCGUACAAUGGGAAGGUCUGCAAGCGAUUCAUAAACAGCCGGCAGGUGUGGUACAGCCGGGAGGAUGGAACCGGUGGUUGGGAAAAUGAGAAAAUUACCACCGCACUGUUCGACGAUCUUAUCACCGAUUUGCCCCAGUACUGUCGUCCGGCGGCGGAGAAACUGCUCUGUGCAUACGCUUUCCCGCAGUGCGUCAUCAAGGACGGCACCACCAUACGGCUGCCGCUGUGCUACGAAGAUUGUGUAGCAACGUAUCUGCAAUUUUGCUACAACGAUUGGGCACUGAUCGAGGAAAAGAAAGAGCGUGGUGAUGUGAUCAAAUCGCGAGGCCAUUUCCGUCUGCCAAACUGCGAAGAACUGCCUCGGUACAACAAAACGGCGAAACCUCCCAUCUGCUCGCACGUCGGUCUGACCGAACUCGUCUCGGAGGAAGUGACCUAUGACUGUCGUAUGGGAAAUGGAAGGUUUUAUCUUGGCACGGUCAACGUAACAAACACCGGCAUCCCGUGCCAAAAGUGGGACUCACAGGAACCACACUCGCACCACAAACCGCCGCUGGUGUUUGCCGAGCUGCAGGACGCGGAAAACUAUUGCCGGAAUGCGGGCGGAGAAGAACCGACGCCGUGGUGCUACACGACCGAUAAAACCGUCCGAUGGCAGGCUUGUGAUAUACCGCUUUGUCCAAACUCCACCGAUGCCAGUGAUAUUCGAGGCAAAAUAGACAUGACAAUGGAAUCGGUCUUUACCCCAUCGAUGAUAUUCCUGCUGUCGGGCAUCGGGUUCGUCGCUAUCGUGCUGCUCCAUCUGAUGGUGUUGCUUUGCUACCGAGUGUCCCGCCACCGGCGCAAUCGCCGACAGUCGGGUGCGGCUGGUUACAACACCGCCGCAUCGCAGGAUGGGCAAGGCAUCGAUAUUAACAAGCUGCCGUCGAACGUAAACUAUCAUCGCACGGGAGCGCAGCUGAAUCCGAAGCUGGAAAAGCUCGAAUUUCCACGCAACAACAUCAUCUACAUAAAGGACCUUGGCCAGGGUGCCUUCGGACGGGUGUUUCAAGCCAAAGCGCCCGGCCUGGUGUCCGGUGAAGAUUUUACGCUAGUCGCCGUAAAGAUGCUAAAGGACGAAGCCAGUCAAGACUUGCAGGUCGAUUUCGAACGGGAAGCGUGCCUGCUGGCCGAGUUUGACCAUCCCAACAUAGUGAAGCUGCUGGGCGUUUGUGCGAUCGGACGGCCGAUGUGCUUGCUGUUCGAGUUUAUGGCUCGCGGUGAUUUGAACGAAUUCUUGCGCCAAUGCUCCCCGUUCGCGCAGCAAAACCGGGCGGACAGCAUCAGUACGGAGUUGUCACACGGCGAUCUGCUAAACAUUGCCCAUCAAAUAGCGUCCGGCAUGGUGUACCUGUCCGAGCGCAAGUUCGUGCACCGCGAUCUGGCCACCCGCAACUGUUUGAUCGAUGACCAUAUGGUGGUGAAAAUAGCCGACUUUGGGCUGUCGCACAAGAUCUACCUGCAGGAUUACUAUAAGGGGGACGAGAACGAUGCCAUCCCGAUCCGUUGGAUGCCGCUGGAAAGCAUCCUCUACAACAAGUACACGAUCGAGUCGGACGUGUGGGCGUACGGUGUGUGCCUGUGGGAGAUAUUCUCGUUCGCCAUGCAGCCGUACUACGGGAUGACGCACGAGGAGGUGGUAAAGUUUGUGAAGGAGGGCAACAUGCUCGGCUGUCCGGAAAAUACGCCGCUCACCGUGUACGAUCUGAUGCGCAAAUGCUGGAGCCGAAAGCCGAACGACCGGCCCAGCUUUCACGUGAUCUACCAGAAGCUGCAGCAGAUACGGGCCGAUUUCGAUGGGAAAAUGCUGAUGUAGCCACAGCAAAUCUCCGCCUCUGGUGAGUAGUAGCAGCGCAGACCCAACACUGCCGUUUGAAGAGGAAUUUGUGGCAUUUGUGUAAUAUGUACAAGAACGAUGAUGCCUGUACCUAUAAUCGACAACGGUUUACCAAUUUCCAAAUGCUUUAUUUCCGUCAGUAAAGUCGAGUAAAGACGAAGCAUUUCUUAGGUCAUAAUUUCUGCAGGACAGAGAGCAAGAGCGUAUAAACGAUCGUCAUUAUGAUGAUCCCGUGCCAUUCGUUUUAUGAUUCCAUUUUCAUUUUCAUUUCGUUUGAACGUACAUGACAAACAUGUUUUCCUCCAAUGCUCAACACACCACAAGACUUGCCGUACACGUGUUUAUCUCAGCAUGUUGUCUCAGCAUCAGACUGCCUGAAAAUCGGAAAUCUCAGUAUUUUAGUUAUUAUUUAUUAACAAUCAUCCCUUACAUUUGCAUCCGUACCAUCAAUAUUUCGAAAUUAACACGAAUAUUUAUACAGUAGUUUGUAUGUAGCAUCCUUCUUAAAUUGACGCAUACAUUUUUAAAGCAACCGCGCUGACUGUAUCGAUCGGCAAAAUACGGAAAAAAGACCAUAUCGAGACCAUUAGUUUGUUAGGUUCAGGUAGAUGGUUUUCGCUUAUCCAACUCAAUUCUUAAGUCUCCUUAGUAAUAAACAAUCGCUCCCCUCCUAAAGUUAGCGGUUUCGGCGAAGAUUCGUUUUUACCAUUGUAACAUACAUACACAAAAGCGAUUAAAGCGAUGAUGUCGUCCUCACAUCUUCCAGCAGUGUGAAGAAGUAAUGUAAGAUUCUGCCUCCCCCCCCCCUCUCCUCAUAGCAUGUAAGUGAUACACGCCCCAGGACACAAUAAUAAUAAUAAUAAUGAUGAUGAUGAGUAUCAAUUUUGAUAAAACUUAUGGCAAACAAGGGGGAGCAACAGGGAGGAGGCAAUCGAACCAUUUCCGCCCUGGAGCAAAUCGAAAGCAAUUAUAAGCAACUGCGCGGGAAGUGUGAAGAAUUGACCAGUUUUUUAGUCGCUUGUUGCAUGGAAAGUAGUGGCUGGAAGUUCCCGGUUUCUGGGUUAAAGCUGGUAGCCAGGGGAAAGGAUGUGUUAGCUCGUAAGUACCUCCCGUAAGCGCCUCCCGAGCGCCGAUUGAUUAGAUUACUAAAGAGAGCAAAAGAAAUAGAGAGAGAGGGAGAGAGAGAGAGAGAGCUACUAGUGUAGGAUGGGGUUGCUAGAACCCAAAGACCAUUUUAAUUAAUGACUGGCAAACUGGUGUUUAUAGAAUUAGAAGAUUGCAUUAGAGGAAGGAGCAGAAGCGCUUUGACAACCAAAAAAAAAAGCGCUGGAGAAAGAAAGCCCCCUCUCCCCAACACCCCCCCCUCCCCCUCCAUGGGAAGGCAUUAUUACUAUGUAUGAUAAAUCAUCCCGCUGCGUACCAAGCACGGGGUAGAGAGCGUGUUGUAUUAGCAUAACUUGAAAGUAAAUACAGAAAGCAAACGAAGGGAGAAACAGCGAAACCGGAUAAGAGUGCGAACAAAACAGCAAACCAAAAACGCAGCAGCAUCACAAACAACAAACCAAGUGGAAAAUAAAUAUAUAUAUAAAUGUGUUCUGUCUCA